GGCAGGUCCUCGAGGAACAUCAUUGGAACUGGUAGAGAGCGAACCGUUUAGCAGACAUUCAUCUACCCUACAGACCGUCUCAGAAAUGGAGAACGGAGGGUUUGAAAUGCAAGAAGAAGGGGCUGCGGGCUUUAACCCCAAAACGCAACAAAACAAAAUGUACCCUUAUUCUUUUCAGGAAAAGAAAAAACCUUCAUGGUCGCUCCUGAGAAUCUUCCUGGUUUGUUUUCUGGCUUGCCUCAUAACCACAGCCAUCGGAGUGCUGAUCCUGUCCUUGGUCUACGUCGGGCAUUUCAAUGAGAAAACCGCUCAGGACACGAUGAGUCCCGGCAUGGACGCCAAACCGCCACAAAAACCCGCUGACAGCCGCUAUAGCUUCAUGAACCAUCUCGGCAAAUCUAAGGUGUUUGAGUACCAAGGAGGCGAGAUCCAGUGGGCCAGGUUCAGGAGGAACCCCAGCGAAUAUUCCGACGAGAACGAAAUGCGUUUCGGGGCCAGCAUCAACAACCACCAGUCCAAGAUGACCAUCGCGACGCUUCGGAUCGUGAGCAAAGGGUUAAGAGCCCCGCACUGGCAUUUCAACGCCAACGAGCACGGCUUUCUCAUACAGGGUACGGCAUGGAUUGGCAUUGUCGACGAUGGUGCCAACACCGUGACCACAUACAACGUGACGGCCGGCCAGGUCAUCUUCUUCCCAAAGAACACCCUCCACUGGGUGAAGAAUGUGGGCGAUGAAGACUGCCUUUUCCUCCUCUUCUUCACAACACACGACGAGCUUAAGACUCUCGACGUGGACGACGCGUUCUUCCUGACCCCGGAGGAUAUCGCUUCGCGCUCCUUAAAGCCGGAAGGAGGGGUGGGCUUCAUCCGGACCUUCCAGAAACCGAAUGAAGAUCAAGCCAUCAAUCUCCCAUCGAAUCUCAUGGAGCUCAUCCAGAACGCUAGCUACGUGCAGUCCGAGGACAGUCUAGUCUGGAAAUACUUUUAUGACCUGAAAGGAUCGAGAGAAUUUGUUUUUCCCGGAGGUAUCAUUCAGUGGGCGCGUUAUCGCAGAAACGGAGCUGGUCUGAACAACAAUGAGAAAGUCUACAGUGAAUCCUUAAAUAUGCAUAAGGACUCGCUCACCCUGGGAACCCUACGGAUAUACAGCAACGGCCUGAGACAGCCACAUUUCCAUUUCAACGCUCACGAGAUGGGAUACGUCAUCAGUGGAUGCGGCUUGAUUGGAAUUGUAGGAGAAGAACCAGUUUCCGAGUUCUCAGUGGGUGUUGGCGACGUGUUCUUCUUCCCAAUUGGAACACAGCAUUACAUUAAAAGUGUCUGCGAUGAAGAUUUAUACAUGAUCCUGGCCUUCAGCACCGGAAACCAGUUGGAAACCUUGGAUAUGGAUGAUUAUUUCCACGCUACAGCCGAUCACAUCCUUGCACAGCUUUUCCAAAAGAACCAAGAUGAAUUUAAGAAGAUUCCAAGAUUUGCAGAUGACCAGGCUGUGAAUAUACCCUAAAUGCUGGACAGAUCGAUACACUCGUUCACAUUGCUAAACAUUAGUUCAAACCUGAAUACUACCAGAUAUCCUCGUUAAAGUAUUGUAAAGGACAGCAGUUAUUG